GUCGAUACAAAAAUAACUUGUUGUUCCACUUAUGCUGAGCCACCAAUUAACACCACGUUAGGUUUUUUGGACUGAUUGAGGGUUCGAAUGAAUGCGAAUCUUUCGAUUCAUGGUAUGAGUGAUAUAUUAAAAUUAGCUAUAGCAUGUCCAGAAGAAAGCACUCUGACGAUCGCGGUGUCGUCCAGAAAGGUGUGUCUUCUGUUGCGCGAUAGCAUUACCUUUAUAAAGCAUCUCCACCAAAACAAACAAAAACAACAAAUGAACUGUGAAACUACCUUUUUUAUUAACGAACACCACUUACCACGCAGGUUGCGGACAUCCGUGUCAGAAUGAGAACGCCGAAGAGGAUGGCUCUCAGUCUAUCAGGUUAAUAUUCCCCUUUGCUACCCAGCUGACGUGGGUAAAUUGGAGGUUGAAAAACUGAUGACUGAAUGAUAGUUGGAAAGGUUUUUCAACCUCCGACCGGCACUGGGUAGCUUUAAGGGUGGAAAAAUGUGAGAAUGGUGAAUGAGUGUGUUUAUCAACCAGAAAACAGAAAAUUAUUAAUCACAGAGAUUUUUUUAGGAACCCCUUCUCAAACCCAAAACCAAAAAGCCAUGCCGCGGACAUUUUUCUGCAUUUUCUAGUAGUUUUUCAUUAACUCAAUUUCAUAAGUAAUUACUUGCAAAAUAUUAGAAAAUUUUGACAUUGUAAAAGAGCAGAAAAAAUGUUCCGGGCACUGAGGAUCUGGCUGGAGCACGCGGCAAAACUCCGGAUAUUGGAUCCCGUUCCUAUACGGAAAUUAUGCGUGAGCAGAUGCUCAAGGGAGAGGAGGUUGAGUUACGCAAAAAAAUCCAGGAAAAAGCGAAGGACGGAACACUGAAGGUGAGCAGUAGCAACGGAGAGGCUCCCGCCAAAGCAGUGGUUCCCGAGCCGAAAAAGCGAGGACGUUGGGAUCAGACCGUGGAGGAAUCGUUCGUGCCACCGAAGAAGCUUUCCGUACCGUCGACUCCGACCUGGGGUGAUGCUGAGAAAACCCCUGCUGAUCACCGCUGGGAUGAAACACCCGGCCACAAGGGUAGCGAAACUCCCGGGGCGACGCCGAGCGUUCGCAUUUGGGACGCUACACCGGCUCACUCGGGUGCUACACCGGGUCGAGAAACUCCGGCGGAAAAAUCUACCCGCAGAAAUCGAUGGGACGAAACACCGAAAACGGAACGUGAAACGCCUGGGCAUUCAUGGGCCGAGACUCCCCGUGCCGAUCGGGGCCCAAGCGAUAGCGUAAUGGAUAGUACGACACCGGCCUCCAAGCGUCGUUCUCGCUGGGAUGAAACACCCUCGAAUGCAACUCCGUCGGCCAUGACUCCAUCGAUUGCUAUGACUCCGACUCCACAUGCAACUCCUGGCCAUGCCACGCCACUGUUAACACCGGGAGGAACCACACCGAUCGGACAUAAAGCUAUGACCAUGGCUACUCCGACUCCAGGUCACCUGGCAUCGAUGACACCGGAACAACUGCAGGCUUACCGCUGGGAGAAGGAAAUCGACGAACGAAAUAGACCCUUCAGUGACGAGGAACUGGACGCGAUGUUUCCACCAGGAUACAAAAUUCUUCCACCCCCAGCCGGGUACGUUCCGAUUCGAACCCCGGGUAGGAAACUGACCGCUACCCCGACUCCGAUGGCUGGAACGCCGGCCGGCUUUUUCAUACAAGCCGAGGACAAGUCCGCUAAAUUCAUCGACAAUCAACCGAAAGGCAAUCUGCCCUUCAUGAAACCGGAAGACGCCCAAUACUUCGACAAACUGCUGGUCGAAGUAGACGAGGAUUCCCUUAGUCCCGAAGAACAGAAAGAACGCAAAAUCAUGAAGCUGCUGCUGAAAAUUAAAAACGGAACACCGCCGAUGCGAAAGGCUGCCCUUCGUCAAAUCACCGACAAGGCCAGAGAGUUCGGUGCUGGACCACUGUUCAAUCAGAUUCUCCCGUUGCUUAUGAGUCCCACCCUGGAAGAUCAAGAACGGCAUUUACUGGUCAAAGUUAUCGAUCGAAUCCUGUACAAACUGGACGAUUUAGUUCGUCCGUAUGUUCACAAAAUUCUGGUCGUCAUCGAACCGCUGCUCAUUGACGAAGACUAUUAUGCCCGUGUCGAGGGUCGUGAAAUCAUCUCCAACUUGGCGAAGGCAGCCGGUUUAGCUACCAUGAUUUCCACCAUGAGACCCGAUAUCGACAACAUUGAUGAAUACGUGCGUAACACCACGGCGCGUGCCUUUGCCGUGGUAGCUUCCGCCCUCGGUAUCCCCUCGCUGCUACCUUUCCUGAAAGCCGUCUGCAAGAGUAAGAAAUCCUGGCAGGCUCGUCACACCGGUAUUAAAAUUGUCCAACAGAUAGCCAUUCUGAUGGGAUGUGCUAUUCUACCGCAUCUGAAAUCGCUGGUGGAAAUUAUCGAACAUGGACUGGUCGAUGAACAGCAGAAAGUUCGUACGAUCACUGCUUUGGCAUUGGCUGCGUUGGCAGAAGCCGCCACCCCGUACGGUAUCGAAUCGUUCGAUUCUGUGCUGAAACCUCUGUGGAAAGGUAUCCGGACACAUCGCGGUAAAGGUUUGGCCGCCUUCCUCAAAGCCAUCGGUUAUCUGAUUCCGCUGAUGGACGCCGAAUACGCCAACUACUAUACCCGAGAAGUGAUGUUGAUUUUGAUUCGUGAGUUUCAGUCUCCGGAUGAGGAAAUGAAGAAAAUUGUGUUGAAGGUCGUGAAACAGUGCUGCGCUACGGACGGUGUGGAAGCGCAGUACAUUAAAGAGGAAAUUCUACCGCACUUCUUCAAACACUUCUGGAACCAUCGGAUGGCACUGGAUCGUCGUAACUAUAGGCAGCUGGUCGAUACGACGGUCGAAAUUGCCAACAAAGUAGGAGCAUCGGAAAUCAUUAAUCGAGUUGUGGACGAUCUGAAGGAUGAAAACGAACAGUACCGAAAGAUGGUGAUGGAAACCAUCGAGAAAAUCAUGGGAAAUCUGGGUGCGGCCGAUAUCGAUUCCCGACUGGAGGAACAGUUGAUCGACGGUAUACUGUAUGCGUUCCAGGAGCAGACAACGGAGGACGUAGUCAUGCUGAACGGGUUCGGUACGAUUGUAAACCAGCUGAGCAAACGAGUCAAACCGUAUCUGCCUCAGAUUUGCGGUACCAUUCUGUGGCGAUUGAACAACAAAUCCGCGAAAGUGCGACAACAGGCAGCCGAUUUGAUUUCCCGCAUUGCCGUCGUGAUGAAAACUUGCCAGGAGGAGAAACUGAUGGGUCAUUUAGGUGUCGUACUGUACGAGUACCUGGGCGAGGAAUACCCGGAAGUCCUCGGUUCAAUUCUAGGCGCCCUGAAAGCAAUCGUCAACGUCAUCGGUAUGACGAAGAUGACACCUCCGAUCAAAGAUUUGCUACCCCGGCUGACACCUAUCCUGAAGAAUCGACACGAAAAAGUGCAGGAAAAUUGUAUCGAUCUUGUCGGUCGGAUUGCCGAUCGUGGACCGGAGUACGUUUCCGCCCGUGAGUGGAUGCGAAUCUGUUUCGAGCUGUUGGAAUUGCUGAAAGCCCACAAGAAGGCUAUCCGGAGAGCGACUGUGAAUACGUUCGGUUACAUCGCGAAAGCAAUUGGUCCGCAUGACGUGCUGGCGACACUGUUGAACAAUCUUAAGGUACAGGAACGACAGAAUCGUGUCUGUACUACGGUUGCGAUCGCUAUUGUAGCUGAAACGUGUCGACCAUUUACCGUUCUGCCGGCUCUGAUGAACGAAUAUCGCGUACCGGAGCUGAACGUACAGAACGGGGUUCUGAAGUCGCUCUCGUUCUUGUUUGAGUACAUCGGUGAGAUGGGUAAGGAUUAUAUCUAUGCUGUUUGUCCGUUGCUGGAGGAUGCACUGAUGGAUCGGGAUUUGGUUCACCGGCAGACAGCUUGUGCCGCUAUCAAACACAUGGCCCUCGGAGUGUACGGUUUUGGCUGUGAAGAUGCCCUGAUUCAUUUGUUGAAUUAUGUUUGGCCGAAUAUCUUCGAAACAUCACCACAUUUGGUACAAGCUUUUAUGGAUGCCGUGGAAGGUCUGCGAGUUGCUCUGGGACCAAUUAAAAUUCUGCAAUACACUUUACAGGGACUGUUUCAUCCGGCGCGAAAAGUAAGAGACGUUUAUUGGAAGAUUUACAAUUCGCUUUACAUUGGCGCUCAGGAUGCGCUUAUUGUAGGCUACCCGCGCAUUACGAACGAUCCUCAGAAUCAGUACGUUCGGUAUGAGUUGGAUUAUAAUAUCUAAGGAGCAAAGUUUGAAUAGGCUUCGGUAGAGUAUGAACAGAAUAUCUACGAUAUUGUUUUGGUGAAGAACAGGCAGAUCAGUAAAUAUUCUUACCUAUCAUUAAACUAUUUGUAGGGUUA